CCAACGCAUGAGCAACAUCUCGCUGUCCUCCGGCACGGACUCCGUGGGCCACAUGGAUCGCGGCAGCAGCUCCAGUCUCGCUAGCAGCGCCACCGUUGGCACCAACACCAUCACCAGCGGCAUUUCCAAGGAGUGCGCCAAUUACCCCGUCGGCAGUCAGUCGGCCCGUCCAUACGUCCAACUGCCGGGCAUACACAUUUCCAACCCUCCCCAGUACGGGCCAGGGAAUAUGCAGGAAAUAGACGCUGGCAAAAUGGCGCACAACGGCAAGGCACUCACAGGGCGCUACAAUGCCACGCCCACCUAUGGCUUCGACAACGAGCAGAACUACUGCCUGUUGCCGUCUCCAAUGCCCCCUCCACCAUACGCCUUGGCACGCGUGAGCAGCACACGCAACUUCGAGCUCGAGAACCACACUCCGCCGGCAUGUUCCGGCUCUGGACCCAUUGCCAUGACGAACGGCACCAUCCAGUUGCGCCUCCGCGAUGGCGUGCGCAUUGACAUGACUCUGGACAAGGCGGUGCGCGUGCUCAAUCAGCGCAGCAUGGUGGCAGUUGCUCUAUCACGCAACUGCAGCAACUCGGCUUUGAUCCACCCCAAUGGACGCAUCUUGCAGAGCGGCGCUAAAGUCGAAAUAGUCACCUACGACGGCAUGAAGGGCAAUAACUUUGUUCGCUAUGCCAAGAUGUGGUACAAGGGUGUGAGCUUCACCAGCGAGGCGUGCGCUCUCAUCUACCUGGUGGACACAGCCGGGACGCGCACCACAACCGACACUUUCACCGAUCUGACCAAGGACUACACCCUGGCAGUGUUCUAUGACGACUCGCGCCAUGGUCCCUAUUAUAUGGCUGAAGCCCAUGACGUGAUUGCCAAUUCAGCUUACACCUGUACCGAGGAUGGCACUGAGAUCUAUGACAUAAACGGAUUUCGCAUCACCCAGGCAGCCGAUGGCCUGGUGAAGGUCACUCGUGUGGACAACAAGUGCUUGAUUCGCACCAGUCCCGGCAAUGGAUCGGCCACUUUGACCACACCUGGCAUCCAUUGCACUGCCUCUCUGGGCAAGACCUCGCAUCUGUUUGUUCGUCGCAAUGAGAAGCGCAUGCACUUCGAUGGAUCCUAUUUCAUUGUACGCAACGCCGGACACUCCGCCGGCUUCAAUGAGAACAACCUGCUCAUUGUCUACUGAGCGGCGUUCGUAGUCCGGAGAUAGAAACGGCGCAGUGGUAGCCCAUCCCACAAGCACACACUCACACAUGUCAACACAUUUCACCUUGCACACAUACAUAGACACCUACAGCAGCACACUUGAGGGACCUUGACGUGGAGAGAAGGAUUCAGUUAGGAUCCCGGAAUUUAGGAAUAUCAAAAUAUAUUUGGUAAAUAAGUUAGAAAGCAAAUAUGUUCGUACAAAAACCAGCACCACACCACACCACACACACACACACCUCAGCGAAGGAACUCAG